AUGGCGAUGCUCAGCCGGCUAGCAUCGCGGUCGUCCCACCUGGGUAGGACUCUUCUUCUACCUCGGUCGCUGUGCUGCUCCACGGGAGGGCGGCAUUUCGCCUCGUCUGCCGGCGAUGAGGGGCCGACUUUCACCGUGGAGACGAGCGUCCCCUUCGUCGGGCACAGGUGCGAGCCGCCAUCGCGGGAGGUGGAGACCACCGCGAAGGAGCUCAUGGGGUUCUUCCGGGACAUGUCCUUGAUGCGGCGGAUGGAGAUCGCCGCGGAUGCCCUCUACAAGGCCAAGCUGAUCCGGGGAUUCUGUCACCUCUACGAUGGCCAGGAGGCCGUGGCCGUCGGCAUGGAGGCCGCCAUCACCCGCAAGGAUGCCAUCAUUACGGCUUACAGGGACCACUGCAUUUUCCUCAGUCGCGGCGGUAAUCUCGUCGAGACGUUCGCCGAGCUCAUGGGGCGCCGGGCCGGGUGCUCCAAUGGCAAGGGAGGCUCGAUGCACUUCUACAAGAAGGAGGGUGGAUUCUUCGGUGGCCACGGCAUUGUGGGGGCUCAGGUUCCCCUCGGAUGUGGUCUCGCCUUUGCCCAGAAGUACCUGAGGGAGGAAACCGUCACGUUUGCCAUGUACGGCGACGGCGCCGCCAAUCAGGGCCAGCUCUUCGAAGCUCUCAACAUCUCCGCUCUGUGGGAUUUGCCCGCCAUCCUUAUCUGCGAGAAUAACCAUUGUGAGUUGUUCGAACGUGUGUUAAAAUUCGUUGUCUGGUCAUUUUCCAUUUGAUAAAAUUCUUCUUACGUGGGACUUGCCAUCACGUUCUUACAGACGGCAUGGGAACAGCAGAAUGGAGGGCUGCUAAGAGUCCUGCUUACUAUAAGCGUGGUGACUACGUCCCCGGAUUAAAGGUGUAGUUACUGUGAAAAACUUACUGUCGCCCUCUUCCUUCCUGUUGACAUAUUGUUUAAUUUAUUUUAAAAAGUUGAACGUCAAUCACUCAUCAAUUCUUUGGCUGUACUCUUAUCUCUGUGUGUAUGCGUGGGGCUAUGUGUAGAACGGGGACGAAGUAGGCCAUUUGUUUCGAACCUCGAAACAAGGACAGUUUUAGUUGUUUGAAUUUGGAUUAGUGUCACUGGAGAAGGCUGUAAAAUGGGUUAUACAUGGAACUUUUGGACUAUUGCUCGCACAUAGUUCUCUCAGUGAUGGCAUACGUGGCAGACGAUGCUAAUCUCACUAUAUGUCGAGUUGUUGGUAAGUUGGUGCAGAAAUUUGUGAUGGCAUAAGUGGCAGACAAAUGAGAGGAAUGAUAAAUCUCUUGUGAUGGCAUAUGUGGGAGACGAUGCUAUUCUCACUGUAUGUCGAGUUGUUGCUAAGUUGGUGCAGAAAUUUGUUCCAAUAUUCACUCUGAAAGAAGGAUAAAGGACUCAAAGAAUUGGUGGCCUUCUGUCACUGAUAUUUCACUGCCACUUGACCUCCGGUCAUUUCUUGUGCAAGUCGGGGGAGAUUCACCUUUGCGUUUGGAAUUCAGUUGUAUUUGUUAUAUUUUUGAGUUAAUUAAAAAACUUGUGUAAAGUGCUGAGAUCUGGAAAAGUGGGCGGUUUACUUUUUGCAUUUUGAAUAAGAGAAAAAGCAGUUAUUCUUUACAGAAAAAAUUUAAGCAGAGAUGUUAAAUUCAUAUGCAUGAUGAGUGUUAUUUAUGGGGAAACGGAUAACUCCUUGCUAUGAGGAACAGGUUUGGGAAAAGAUGCCUAAUUUUUUUUUGCCUGUAUACUUACUCAGAUGACAUUUAUAAUGAUCAUGCUGCUUUACCUAUGACAUUGAAUCUUUUAAGGGAUAACUUUUCUGGUUCCACUUCACCCUCUUUGUUAUUUUUAUUUUUGAUAGUGAUGUGAAUAAACCUUCGUGUAGUUUAUACUAGCACGUUGCUUUUCUUACCAACCCAUGACAUCAUGGUCUUGUCCAGAAAUAAGCAUGUGCCUGAUGACUUCCUUCACGUGUGCAGAGUUCUGACGACUAAUCUUAGACCAUGGAAUGGAACACAGUUUUUAUUGAUUGUUUUGUUUUUGUUGUACACGAGCUACUUUGUUAAACUACUUAGGAAGCAUUCCCAAGGAUUAGAUGAUCAAGUGAGGGCCAUAUUUUUGCCUUGAGACCACUAUUUUUACCACCUGUGGGACAUUUGAAAUCAUAUUUAGUCAGCAGAGAACUCAACUUGACGCCCGUUCAUUGUUGAGAAAACUUCGAUGCACUACUAAAUAUACACAGGGGCAUUCAAUUGUUCUGUGCACUGGUUGUUGCAAAAACUUAAUAGAUGCGCUAGUAUGCAUGGUACGCAAAAAUCUCAUAAAUCAACAAUGACAAGGAAUGAAAGAGACAAAGGAACUACUGUUUUUGGAUUAAAGAACAAGGUAAGAAAAAUGAAUAGCAUGAAGAAUAAAAUAAAAUAAAAAAAGGUAGAAAAGAGAAGAAUACAUGAGGACAAAAAGGGAAAAUAACAAUUCGAAGAAUAUGAAGGGACAACUAUGCAAGAUAAUAGUUACCCCAAAUCAUAAAUUUUUUUUGAGCGAAAGGCAUACUAUUUCACAUCAAACGCUUGUGUAAUGUGCCCUUGAUUUACCAGAGCGAAAUGAACUUUCAAACAGUUUACACCAUCUAGGCACAUUGUACAUUUCAAAGUUGAAGUUUCUUGUGAAGUACUUGAGCAGCUACAUCAUUUUGGCUGCUGAGUGUCUUUUCUUUUGCAAGCAACUCUAAUUUGUGGCAUUUUUUUAAUGAGGGAUUGUGACUUUUAGGCUCUGGGGUUUGCUAUAUUUUGAAAAAAUAGAUAACAGCAAAAGGACUAGGAUCAAAGAAGAAAACAGUGCAAGAAUAGUGAUCCGGGUUUAUUUUUCCUGGCUUAGUUGUGAUGUAGAAUGGAAGAAUAGAGUAAUGAUUGACGGAGUCUUGAAUAAAAUUCCAUCAUGUGAAACGUGCAGGAUAUAGGACAAAAUGUGCCGACAUGAGCAUAAAUGUUCCUCAGAAUCAAAAUUUAAGCUAUGUCAAGGAUAUCUAGCAAAGUCAGUCUGGACUGUGUUUUUAACAGGGCAAGGACGAGGCAAAGGAGUGUUGCUACAUUUGCCAAUAGUAAUGUGCAAGCCAAUAUUAUCAUCCAUAAAUUCAUUCUGUACAAAAAAAGUUUAGCUUUUUGAACGAAGUACAGUUUCUGAAGGUAGAAUCUUAUCUGGAUUAUUUUCAUGAAAUCAUAAUGUAGUUGCAUCUCAAUGUUCUAUAGCAGCCCUUUCGUCCCUGAUAACGACUUAUUUUAUGGGAUAUAUGUUGAAACAGGUUGAUGGUAUGGAUGCAUUUGCUGUCAAACAGGCGUGUAAAUUUGCCAAAGAACAUGCUCUGAAGAAUGGUCCUAUUGUGAGUUGAGCUAUGACAAUACUUAUGUUGUGUUUUUAGCUUGGCUAUUCUUUUGUUUUACAUAUGCUCAUAGAUUGUUUAUUUGCGAAACUAGUUUGCAUGGAGUUAUUAGUUGUAUUUCUUUCUGUGAUAUAAGAUCUUGCUAAACUAUCACAGGGGUUUUUGAAAAUUACAGGUUAAUAGAAUACCAAAACAAUUUUCAAGUAGGGAAAAUAGCUUGUAUUAGCACCCUUGGUUAACUAUUGACUCUUAAAUCUAGUCUUAUAUCUACAACGGUUAAAUGUGCAUGUGGUGAAUUUUCAUGUAAAAUUGUUAUGUGCAAUUCAUUUAUAUGUAUUCACAAAGGUUCCUUCCUUUUACAGUUCCAUCUUUCAAAUUCUUUAUAGUACCAUCUUUCAAAUAGAUUGCUUAAAUAACACUAUAUAUUGUGGGUUUCUCUGAGUCAUUGGAUUUCAGAGUUGUGGAGAUCUUCAAAUAUUUGCUGAAAUUCCAAAUUUAAGCCUAGAAAGUAACAAGCGGCCUUGUCAUAAUGAUCACUUUCGUUUGAAAAAUCUCAAAACUUGUUAUAUUCCUCUGUUCAAAUUAAAUGUUUAGAUCAAGACCAGAUUUGGGGUUGAAAUAUACCUAUAAUUUCCAAAUGUUGAGUUUCUUCAUGAUUAAAAAAAGAACAUAACGUACUGCAUUCUAUUAAUUGUAGUUCAAAAAUCAUAAGGGAAGUGGCAAAUGGCUCAAAGAUGUAAACACUAAUGGGGCAAUGAGCCUGCUUGAGAUGGUGUCACUGAGAAAGUCCAUGGGGGUCCAUGGGUUUUUCUUUCUGAACCUUGUUGCUGUGUUUGCAGCCCAUACCGGUGAUAGAAUGGGUUGCGACUGAGGAGGAGGGGGGUGCGCAUCUCAUAGAAACCUUGCAUUUUUGGAAAAGGGAUCUGGGAAGGGGCUUUGUUUGACAUGAUUACUGAAAUCCUUCUGGUUGUAUUAUAUCAUGGUGUUGCUUGCAGAAUAGCUUGUUUUAGGCCAGGAGAUAACUGAAUGGAGGUAGUUGUUUGACGUUUCCAAGGUUAAAUGGUCAGAUAUAACAUCUUGACUGUUCAAUAUCGCUAGAUCUAGCAAAUCUGCCUACUAAAUGCUGGUUGCUUGUAAGCUUCCAUUAAGGCCACAGCCGAUCCUCAGUUCUCCUAAAAGUUAUCAUUAUGGAGCGCAAUGUCAGCAUGCCAGCUUGAAUGCAUGCUCACAUAACCCCAACAUGGAUUAGGUAAAAUAAAUUCGACGACCUGUUUAUGGGAUAGAUUAUUCUUUCCUUUUUUUGCUAGUAUACACGCUCUUACUCUUAAAUGGAAUUGCAUGGGAAAAUUCUCUUAUUUUUCUGUAGUCUAUUAUUGUAGACGUAUCUAUGACCAAAUAGGGUAUUCUUCACAAUCUGUUCGCCAAGUCGAUGAAGAAAGAUGAUGAUAUUGCAUUUAUUUUAAUUCUGGGACUUAGUGGCUCUGUGGAUGCAGCCUUAGUCGACACACAUUAAAACCCUUGUGUUCCUUGUGGGUUUUGCCUCUCCCUUUGCUUAAAUCUUCUCCCUUCAUUAUCUUUGUGGGUUGUAGGAUACCUGUGUUCCUGAUGACCAUCAUUCCAAAGGCUGACGAUGGGUAAUGAUUGAACAAGUGGCAUCACGCUAAUGCCGAUGAUUGGGGUGGAUAUAUAUUCAUUAACUGAGAAGCAUACAUAAAUAAAGAUAUUAAUCUUCGUAAACUAGACUCAAGUGUGAUGCAUGUAGUAUUUAUUCUAUGGAAAUGAAACCGUCUCAUACAGGAAGGAAUAAUGUGCGAUUUUUACUCUAAAAACAGAAACAGAACAGUCGUACUCUUUAUUACUGCUAGUGGGGCUAGUUUAGAUUAGUAACACAAGAGGUUAAUCUAUUUAAGUCUAAUUCUUAGUGAACCAACCUGUCAAGUUGAACUGCAGAAGCUAGCUGGCUUAAUCACCUAGCCAGUCUAGCUCGCCUAGCCCCUACAGAAGAUCAGUGGCUACUUCACUGUUUUGAUUAGUAGUGAAUUAGCUGAAUGAACUGAUCCCUUGUUUUGAUUGAACUGAGUUCUCUCUCUCCCUGACCCAUCUCUCAUCUUUGAAUGAGAGAGGAAAACCGAUAAGAGAGUUCGAACCUCAAGGUGAUUUUAGGUGUAAGAAAGUGAGAGGGACCAUCAUGCGUCUUCCCUUUCUCUACCUCGCAUUCAUCAUAACUAGAAGUUCCUUGGGAUUUUUUUUUUUUCUUCUUAACACGAUUAAACCCUCGUGCCUGAAGAGCCAUUUUGGCCAGAUUAUUCAAAUCAUUUGGUCUCAUAAUAAGGAAACAUUUAAGAACAAAAUGUUACUUCCCACGUAAUAUCUUGUUGUCUUCUACAAUAAUAUGAUAAAGCAUCAAAACCAUCCUCUCACAUUCUUCUGCUCAAUACCUGAUGGGUCUGUUGAGCGUUCUUUACCUUUUCAGGGCAUUAAUCGCAUCUAGAUUUUGGAUCCUAGGUUUACUUAUUCCAUAUAUGAUUUUGUCCCAGAUUCUCGAAAUGGACACGUAUAGGUACCAUGGCCACUCCAUGUCAGAUCCCGGGAGCACAUACCGCACACGUGAUGAGAUCAGCAACGUGAGACAGGUCAGAUGGUUCUCACCGAGCAUCUUGAGGGCUCUUCUCGCUCUAUCAGAGUCUUGAACAUAUUCGUUUCUACUACCUUCUGCAGGAGCGCGAUCCAAUUGAAAGGGUCAGAAAAUUGAUUCUCUUGCACGAUCUAGUUUCCGCCGCAGAGCUCAAGGUAAUUAAUUCAUUCGACCGGAAUAUUCGUUCAUAAUAUUUGAGUGGAGAACCCAUAGAAAAUCUCAUAAUAAUCAAAACUAUAUAUAUUUUUUUACGACACCUUCCCAGGAUAUCGAGAAGGAAAUCAGAAAAGAAGUAGAUAAUGCCAUUGCUGAAGCCAAGGUAAUUAACUGCAACAUUGCCGGAACUCAUUCGUGGAAUUGAAUUUCGUUUUUCUUCCAUGUUUUCCUCAUUUCCAUCUUUGGGUAUGCUUUCCAGGAGAGCCCUUUACCUGAUCCCUCAGAACUCUUCACGGAUAUUUUUGUGAAAGGUUGUGGAACAGAGGUGAGCCAACUCUCUCUCUCUCUCUCUCUCUCUCUCUGUCUGUCUAUCUCAUCAAUCCUUGAUCUUGCUGCUCCACAAUAUUUUCAUCAAUAUUUUCCCCACAUUGCCUGCUAUUGAUGCGUACUUUUAUAUUAUUGUUGCAGGUGUACGGUGUGGAAAGGAAGGAGAACAAAAUUCUCAUAUGA